GUGAAUGCAUAAAGACAGCUACUCGGACGCCGUGCGGAGGAUUGAUCCGGCUCUCCGACCUGCACGGCUGUAUAAUGCACAUGGGGGGUGGAAAACGCUCGUCCUCCGCCGCCUUUUUCUGCGGGGUUCUCUGCUUAUUGCAGGCCGUACCCACCCUAGGCACAGAUGCCCCUGGAUGCCGGGCUGGUUUUACCUCCAGCGAAUACACGUUUUCCGUGAACCGCAGGGAGCUGGAGAGAGGCAGGAGACUGGGCAAAGUCAGCUUUGUGGACUGUGCACCGCGGAAGCAUCAGCUCUAUGAUGUAGGAGACUCUCGGUUUCGUGUGCUGAUGGAUGGCACAGUCUUGGUGAAGCGCCAUGUAAAUCUCCACGGGAAGGACACAAAAUUCACAAUUAGUACCUGGGAUGCUCUUGGGAAGAAAUAUACAGCCACAAUCACAGUACUCAAUAAACGCCACAGACAUGCCAAGGAUGCUUCCAGCUUGUCUCACAAGCUCCCAGUGCUAACAUUCACUGAGAAACAGACUGGGCUAAAGAGGAGGAAGAGGGACUGGGUUAUCCCUCCCAUAAGUGUAUCGGAAAAUGAAAAGGGUCCGUUCCCUAAACGCCUGGUGCAGAUUAAAUCCAACAAGGACAAAGGAACAAAGGUUUUCUACAGUAUCACAGGUCAGGGUGCAGACACCCCUCCUGAAGGAGUUUUCCGGAUAGAGAAAGAGACUGGCUGGAUGAGUGUAACGCAGCCUCUGGAUCGUGAAACGAACAAUAAAUAUAGGCUCCUGUCUCACGCGGUGUCGGAAAAUGGCCAGCCAGUGGAGGAGCCAAUGGAGAUCAUAAUCAAAGUAAUUGAUCAAAAUGAUAACCGGCCCAAAUUUGUAGAGGAAGUGUUCAAAGGAUCUGUGAGGGAAGGAUCUCAGCCGGGCACAGCUUUUAUGUCAGUGUCUGCUACAGACGAUGAUGACGAUGAAGAUACAGAUAAUGCCCUUAUUGGUUAUUCUAUCCUGAAGCAAGACCCUGAGGACCCUUCAACUGGGCUCUUUACCAUAAACAGGGCCACUGGUGUGAUCAGUGUAAUUGGGACAGGAUUGGACAGGGAGAGGAUACGAGAGUACACGCUGACUGUGCAGGCCGCAGACAUGAAUGGAACUGGUUUAUCAACCACUGGAAAAGCUGUAGUAGAGAUCAUGGAUGCCAACGACAAUGCCCCCAUCUUCAACCCCACAACGUACACUACAUUAGUGCCGGAGAAUGAAGUUGGAUUUGAAGUUCAGAGGCUUUCUGUAACUGACCUUGACCAGACUGGUACAGCUGCAUGGCAGGCCGUGUACAAGAUUAGAGGGAAUGAGGCAGGUUUCUUCGCCAUUACCACAGACCCGGACACUAAUGAUGGCAUCCUGACAACUGCAAAGGGUUUGGAUUAUGAGUUGAGGAGGCAGUAUGUGCUGCAAAUCACUGUAGAAAAUGUGGAUCCCUUUACUGUUCCACUGCCAACCUCUACGGCUACGGUGACGGUGAAUGUGGAGGAUGUGAACGAGGCCCCCUACUUUGUACCAACCAUUAGCAGGGUGGAUAUUCUGGAGGAUCUUCCUCUAGGUCAGAAGGUUGUGUCCCUUGUUGCACAGGAUCCAGACAAGCAGCAAGUCCAAAAGCUAAGUUACAUCAUUGGCAAUGACCCAGCCCGCUGGCUCUCUAUUAACAAGGACACUGGCAUUAUCACAGGAAAUGGAAACCUGGAUAGAGAGUCGGAAUAUGUGAAGAACAACACUUACACGGUCAUAGUGUUGGUAUCUGAUGACGGAGUUCCUGCUGGCACGGGAACCGGAACACUAGUUAUCAAUCUCCUGGAUGUCAAUGAUAAUGGUCCUGUGCCCAGCCCACGGACUUUCAAAAUGUGUAACAGGAAUCCCGAGCCCCAGCUUCUUACCAUCACAGAUGCUGAUCUACCUCCCAACACAUACCCCUUUACUGUGGAGCUGGCACAUGGUUCUGAGAUGCUUUGGGUGGCUGAUCCCAAAGAUGAACAAGGAACAACAGUGCUGCUUAAACCAGCAGGGGAGCUGAAGAAAGGAGAAUACAGUAUAUAUCUCAGACUAACGGACGCUCCAGGCUGGCAGCAGCUCACGGUCGUGAAUGCAUCUAUUUGCGACUGUGAGGGUAAUACCGUUAGCUGCUCAGACACGCGUGUAGCUGGCAUUGAUCUUCCAGUUAUCUUGGUGAUCCUGGGCUCCAUCUUGGCUCUGCUCAUCCUCAUUUUGCUGUUGCUACUGUUCUUGAAGAAGCGAAAGGUGGUUAAGGAACCUUUACUGCUGCCAGAAGAUGAUACACGUGACAACAUCUUCUAUUAUGGCGAGGAAGGUGGUGGAGAGGAGGACCAGGACUAUGAUUUGAGUCAAUUGCAUCGCGGCCUAGAUGCUCGUCCGGACAUCAUGAGGAAUGAUGUGGUCCCAACACUGAUCCCUGCACCCCAGUACAGACCAAGGCCAUCCAAUCCUGAAGAAAUUGGGAACUUCAUUGAUGAGAACCUCCACGCAGCAGAUAAUGACCCUACUGCCCCGCCGUAUGACUCCUUGCUUGUAUUUGACUAUGAAGGCAGCGGCUCUGAGGCUGGGUCCCUCAGCUCUCUGAAUUCUUCAAACUCUGAUGAAGAUCAGGACUAUGACUGUAUAAAUGACUGGGGACCCCGUUUCAAGAAGCUAGCUGACAUGUACGGUGGUGAAGAUGAGUAGAUUAUGGAUGCUGUCACUGGUCUGUGUGGAUAAAGCCACUAAAUGAUUCGUUUUGGACAAUGUCUCCAUCGUUUGGACUCCUAUUGAACAAGAGUUUUAACACUAAAGUUUCUGUAUAGUGAAUUUGAAGAACCAAACUACAUUCAAUCAUUCCCUGGUCCUAAAAUGCCUUCAAGAAAGACAAUGCUCAGUGCCUUCAUAUUUCAGUCUUUGCAAUAUCCUUAGUGGCCUUGUUGAGUUUAGAAAUGGCUCUGAAUGCCACAUCCUGAAACUCCUAGUUCCAGUUGGGUAAGCUGUCAUACUAGGGAGUUAUAGGGGGGUUACAUGUUUCUCAGCUAUUGCUUUCUCUUAAUGUCUACCUUAGUAUAACUUUUACAACUUGAGUACUAAGUCCGGUUGUCAUGCAUUGAAAAAGAUCAGAUGCAGGAGGACCAGAUGCUGCUGUUACGUAGAUUCAGACACUGGAAGAAAAACUACUGAAUUAAAUUAUAAAGAAAAUUAUACUAAACGUCAAAUACCUUGGUGUGCCUCUGGUUGCGUCACCUGCACAGGACACGCAUGCAACAUUUCUGAAUGUGAGGAACGUUACUGUAAUUUGGUGUGCUUGCUAUCGAAAUACCUUGUUUUUAAUCUACUUUAAAUUUGUCUCAAAUUUGACUUUUUAUAGUUCCAUUUUUCGUUAAUACGUAUUUAUAGAAAUUGUGUUGUAUGUUAAAAUUUCAACCAAAAAAAUCAUGUAAAAUACACAUUAUUAAAGGUUCCUUUGCUUUUGUUUACGGAACAGCUGUUUUUUUUUGUUAACUUGAAAGCUUCACCUUCUGGAGGCAAUGUUAACUAUAGCCACAUAUAUUUUUAUAUUAAAUGUUUGGUUUUUUCUCUCCUGA